AUGGCUGCCAAGCUGCGAGCUUCACUAUAUCACGUCUUCUGCCUCUUCCACAAUCACCCGCCGAUCAAUUCGAGGUCUCCCCAGUCAGGCAGUCCGUCAUCGAGCACGAAGGCGAGCAAGGAUGUAAAUGGCACGCAAGUAAAGGGAUCUUCGCCUAGAAAGGGUGAUGAAGCUGGCGAGAGUCGAAGGCGCCCUGGUAAGGCGGCUUUACGCGACGCGAUACCAUCGAUGGUGUCGGAAGCCUCAUAUGUCACCAACCCGUACGCUUCAGGACAAACACCUCCUCCUGGCCUGUUCUUGCCCGCCGAAGCCAGACGAACUCCCACACGUCCACCUGGUCUCCCGAAAAUCAAUAUUGCAGCCUCGCAGGCAGCAGCGACGUUCCUGCUUCCGCCGCUCAACUUCUUGCCGAUGGUUAGGGAGCACUUCACCACAGCACAACAUCUUGCUAGCAAUCUGUUGUCGCCCACCCACGCACUUCGACUUUCGGUGGCCCUCGAACAUGCCGCAUUCUUGUGGGACUGCGCCAAAGAAUAUGAGCGAGCGCGCAAGCUUGCACGACGUGCAAUACGAGAAGUGUACAGCUCAUCCGAUGGUCUGGACGAUGACGAGUUUGCGGAUGCCUCUGCGCUCGUACAAGCGCUCAGUGGUAUCGUGAAACGAGGGUCAAACGAAUCGACACCUGUCAAACCAGAAGACACCCCCGCUCCGCAACCUGUCGCAGCUAAAACCGUCCAUCGUGUCCCUCGGAAACCAGUGCCUCCACCUCCAGAGACGAAACCAAAGCAGCAUACGAUUGAUCGUACAAUAUCGGUCAGCCCAGAGGCCAACCGACGCAAGGGUACCAGAACAGCAGCGCAAACCCAGCAGAUCCCCGUUCGAGCAAGUACGCGUACGCCUGAGCGUCUCAGUACCGUUCCCGAAGUGGGAGAGUCCACCGACGAAGCAGCACGAAGCGUGACCCACGCAACGUUCAGUGCUCCAGCAUCUCACCAGGGGACAGUCAGCCCACCUACAUCCCGACAACCAACAGUUUCGCCACCCAUCACCCGCCUCAGCAGUCGUGGAAGUCGACGCGAACAUCGAAGCGGGCGUACCUCCUCCACCGCAUCAGCUUCCGAUAAAGCCACCAAACGCAAGAUUGUCGAGCAAGCAGAACAAGAUCUCAUCAGACGGCAAAGUCAGAGUAAUCGCAGCGGCUCACGUUCCACAGACACCAAAGUCCGCCGACGGAAGAGUAGUGAAAAGCGAAGCGAAGCCAGCAAUGGUACUGCACGCCAUCAGGAAGAUUCCGAUGUGAAAAGGAGACGAAGCGGGAGCAAUGCCAGUGGUGGCUCACAACCACAUAGCCGGCAAGCAACGCCACCUGAAGGACUUUCCACCAAGCGAUCCGGUAACAAAGGAGUCAACCAAACGAAACGCGCACGUCGUAAAGAAGCUCGUCAAAAAGCGGCGGCGGCGGCGGCCAGUAUCGCAUCGGAUGAAUCACUGGCCACGCAAAUUAAAAUAUCGCCAGUUUCGGAUAAACAACAUCAUCCUCUACCACCCACACCUGCGCCACUCGUACCGCCACAUUCUCGACUUCCACCCACUCGACCUCUUCCAUCUCCACCCACUCAUCAGAUCCCAGCUACAGUCCAAACAGAGAUUCGAACCUCUCCCUCUCGACCUCUCCCACCUCUCCCAAAUGGGAAGCUUCCGGCCCCAACCCUUCAAUAUAGUAGAUCUCCCGAGAAGCGCACAUCCGUCCCCCCUAGCUACACUCGGUCUCCGCCGCGAGUAACAGAGCAAGCAAAGUACUCGACCACACGGACUGCUCGGGAGGCUCCAUCACGACGUACCACGGUCUCGGAGAGGAAAUCUCCGCCCGUUGACGAACGACGAGAUGCAAUACUCAGGACACUGGAGAUAAUCUCGGCGGUUUCAAGAGGUUUUGUCACUACUCGACACAGCAGUAGCCGGGCUGGCAGAAUGAGAGUCGUUUGA